AGGGGAGGGGCGGGAUAGAGAGAGACCAGAAAUCGGAAAGUAGCAGUCAAAGCUGACUUCCUUUUUGGGGGGGGCAGAGAGACCAGCUACUUUCAACGAGAGGCUAUUUAGCUCCAUGGGUCAGUUUCGCAUAGCGUCAUUUAAACGUGCAAUUUAGCGCGCCAUCCUUCGGAAGUAUUUUCCGGGCAGUGUAGAGAGAGAAAGGGGAGGAAAAGGAAGAGGGGUGGGGGAAAUAAAAUCCUGGAAAGUGCAGAAGUAAGCUUUCUGAAGCACCACUACAUACAAACCGCAAAGUGAAUCUAGGGACGGUUUUUUUUCUUCCAGAGGCUAGCUACAUGGUUUAACUGUUUAUUUUUUGUGGAAAAUCCAAAGACAGAUAGUACACCGGGAUACGAUGACUGAAAAAGAAUCGGCCACAGACCACGUAACUGCAGAUGUGGUCACUCCAUCUCCUGCGAAGAGCUUGGGGGAUCCCGGCAUCACACCUCUGUCUCCUUCGCACUCUAUGAAGGACCCUGACCAGAAUGUGCAGACGGGACCCACGUUCGCCGUGGUGGUGGCCAUCGACUUCGGCACCACGUCCAGCGGCUAUGCCUACAGCUUCACCAAGGAGCCCGAGUGCAUCCACACCAUGAGGCGCUGGGAAGGAGGGGACCCGGGGGUGUCCAAUCAGAAGACGCCCACCACCAUCCUGCUGACCCCCGACAGGAAGUUCCACAGUUUCGGCUACGCCGCCCGCGACUUCUACCACGACCUGGACCCGACCGAGUCCAAGCACUGGCUCUACCUGGAGAAAUUCAAGAUGAAGCUUCACACCACGGCAAACCUCUCGAUCGACACAGACCUCCACGCAGCCAAUGGGAAGAGGGUGAAGGCCCUGGACAUAUUCGCCUACGCCCUGGGGUUCUUCAAGGACCAGGCGCUGAAGGAACUGAGCGACCAGUCCGGCGCCGAGUUCGACAACGCGGACGUGAGAUGGGUGAUCACGGUGCCCGCCAUCUGGAAACAGCCCGCCAAGCAGUUCAUGAGGGAGGCGGCGUAUAAGUCGUCCCUGGUUCCCCGCGACAACCCCGAGCAACUGAUCAUCGCUCUCGAACCCGAGGCUGCCUCUAUCUACUGCCGCAAGCUCCGCCUCCAUCAGAUGAUUGACCUGGGAUCCAAGACCGCGCUCAACGGCUACAGCCCGACGGACAACGUGGGAGCAGGGAUGACCCAGGCCAAGGAGCUCGUCCGGCGCAACCGACAGAGCCGCACCUUUUUGGUGGAAAAUGUCAUAGGAGAGCUUUGGUCGGAGCUGGAAGAAGGUGACCGGUACGUGGUGGUGGACUGCGGGGGAGGGACGGUGGACCUCACGGUUCAUCAGAUCCGCCUCCCCGAGGGACACCUGAAGGAGCUGUACAAAGCCUCAGGGGGGCCCUACGGCUCGAUCGGGGUGGACUACGAGUUCGAGAAGCUGCUCUGCAAGAUAUUCGGGCCGGACUUCAUCGACCAGUUCAAGAUCAAGCGUCCGGCGGCCUGGGUGGACCUGAUGAUCGCCUUCGAGUCGCGAAAGCGAGCCGCCGCCCCGGACCGGACCAACCCCCUCAACAUCAACCUGCCCUUCUCCUUCAUAGACUACUACAAGAAGUUCCGCGGCCACAGCGUGGAGCACGCACUGCGCAAGAGCAAUGUGGACUUUGUGAAAUGGUCGUCCCAGGGGAUGCUGAGGAUGAACCCCGACGCCAUGAACGCCCUCUUCAAGCCCACCAUCGACCACAUCAUCCAGCACCUGGGCGAGCUGUUUGAGAAGCCCGAGGUGUCGAACAUCAAGUUCCUGUUCCUGGUGGGCGGGUUCGCCGAGUCGCCCCUCCUGCAGCAGGCCGUCCAGACCAUGCUGCAGGGCCGCUGCCGCAUCAUCAUCCCGCACGACGUGGGGCUGACCAUCCUGAAGGGGGCGGUGCUGUUCGGCCUGGACCCCGGCGUCAUCAAGGUGCGCCGCUCGCCGCUCACCUACGGCGUGGGCGUGCUCAACCGCUACGUGGAGGGCCGGCACCCGCCCGACAAGAUGCUGGUGAAGGACGGCACGCGCUGGUGCACCGACGUCUUCGACACCUUCAUCGCGGCCGACCAGUCGGUGGCGCUGGGCGAGACGGUGAAGCGCAGCUACACGCCCGCCCGGCCCGCGCAGCAGGUGAUCGUCAUCAACGUCUACUGCUCGGAGCGCGAGCAGGUGGGCUUCAUCAGCGACCCGGGCGUGCGCAAGUGCGGCACGCUGCGGCUGGACGUGAGCGGCACGGAGAGCCCCGCGCCCCGCCGCGAGAUCCAGACGCUCAUGCAGUUCGGGGACACCGAGAUCCGCGCCAUGGCCGUCGACGUGGCCACGUCCCGCAGCGUCAAGGCCGGCAUCGACUUCCUGGGCCAGUAGAUCUAGCAGUCGACUGACCCGGCCGGCGGGCGUAGCCGCCCCCGCACGCCGGCUGCGCUGCGCUGUUGCUGCAAAACAUCAACAAAAAAAAAAAGAAAAAAAAGAAUCGAUUAAAACAAAAAAAAAACAAAAAAAUCUGAUAGCGUCAUUAUAACCUUAAAGAGCAAUGUGGAAAGUGCGUUGCGCGCUAGCUGUGGUUUGUAGUGAGUCCAGGCCAGGCCCCACUCCUCUCCUACAGCCCAAGGUCUUCCAGCACCCCCCCACCACCCCCUCCCCCAAACCCACCCACCCACCAGACUGUAAUGUCCUCUUCAACCCUGGUUUCUUGAUGGCCCCCUCCUCUAGCAAGCGUUCGUAGACAAGCGUAUGAAGACGUAGAAGUUUUUACACUUCUCAUUAGGAUGGUUUCUGCAGGUUUAGCAAGAUUCUGCAUAACUUUUAGGAAACCAUCUUUAACCACACUCAGAUUUGUGGUUCCCUUGAAGCUUAUCCCGUAUGCAGUAUCAGAUUCUGGUAUUGUUAAAGAUGAGUGGUAUGGAUGGGGCUCUCUAGAAUCAGGCUUGGAAAUGACUAUCGAAAUGUAAGGAAGAAAGAUAGGGAGUCUGUUUCUCCAGUAAACUCCUAACAGGUUCAACCUGAUAGGUUGUGAUUGAUAGAACACUGCAGGGUGGCUUUCAAACCUAGAACUCAUACCUUCCCCCCCAUUAUAAACGCAAAAUGUAUGCAAUUCCAACAUACAUUAUGUGCAUUCAUACAACAUAGGUGUGCUUUGACAGAAGAAUUGUUUAACUGACCAGAAAUCUUUGUGGCUCGUCCCAGUUAAAUGCUGAAUAUCUUUAUCAUGGAAUUUCCCGUGCAUUGCCUUUAAGUGAGCUUCGUGUUGCUCAAUGGCCAUGAUGAAUAUUUUAUUCAAUUUUUAAUUUUUUUGGAGCGUAAAGGGCAGUUUUAGACAUUGACUCCAUGUUAUCGUAAUAGGUUAAAUGUCACGAAAGAAAGUCAACUUAACUUUGUCCACCUUGGCGUUAUUUUAUUUGUAGUUUUUAUUUUAAUUUUAAAUUGAUAAGGUGAAACUCAAAGAUGACACAAUCAUGCCCUAGACAACACUUAUCCAGGAUGGUUAUAGGCUAAUGAAUGUUACAAGCCAUUCACUACAAAUCUUUGUGAUGUCAUCUAAAGGACUGACGUUGCUUUGGAGGACAGGCUUGGUCGAUGGGCCCUUGUUUUCAUCCCACAAACUUCCUGUAAAAUCCACCUCACUGGUCUGCGUUAUUGUGCUGAAAAAAAUAACUAUGAACCCUAGAAUGUGAAAUAUAAAUGCAAAUGGCUAGGUAGAAAAAUGCUGCUAGCUGCACUUUGCAAAACAACUUUAACAUAGCCAUAGCAAUAUGCUUGUUGCCUUUUUAUGUGUUAUUCCCACCAUGCAAAGGGGGAAAGAAGCCACUUGUUAAUGUGCUUUUUAUGUUGAUUUCCGGACAUCGCCUCUGAGGAAAGCCCUUUGGGGAUAUGAGAAAGUGAUUAAGGGAACAAAUUGUUUAUUUCUGUAAAUACAGUAUUUAAAAACGUUGUACAGAUUUUUUUUAGCCGUUGUUGGAUUCGCAGCUUUAGGAGAGGGAGAGUGUGCUUCCUUGUUUUGGAUACGUUGGUUUCAUUAUACUCAUCAGUCUAAAAUGUGGGGGAAAGGCUAAGCUAAAAAACUGAAGGAUGGGAUUGGUUGAAAAAAAAAAGUUAGUCGGCUCGUAUGUUACCUUGUUCAUCGAUAUCGAAAAAACAUGAUACCUGAGCCAUCAACAUAAAAUGACAUUUAUCUUCAGAAUAGAGAAAGAUGUUGGAAGUCUCAGAUUCAUUUGGGUGUGUGUGUGUGUGUGUGUGUGUGUGUGUGUGUUUGCGAAUGGUCUACAUGUUUUGGCCUUAAGUGCUUCAGGAUUAUAUACAGUGUGACUGUAAGAAAUAGUGAGAACGGGUUGCCAGGUUUUAGCAGUUCCAAAGAUUCAUAAGAUCUGCUGUUAAAAAUCCCCCUCGCGAUUAAACGUGAGACCUCCUCGCUUUCCCUGUCUGAUUCCCUGUCUGACAUACUCCCUUAUUGAUGUCACAUGCUAACAUAUACAUGUUAAUCCCUAGUGUGUUGUAUUAUUGCUUAAAUGUAUAAAGUAAUCACUUGUUUAUUUCUGUAGUUUUUAAUCACGAUUGUACUGUGCCUGAAACGUACUCCCACUUUAUGCAUAGACCUUAUCGUAUCUGUAAAACCUUGCACAGUAUUCACAGAUUUGCUCAUUCACGGAAAUACUGCACUGUUACCCCCAGUGGUUGGUACGGGUCUCCUGUAUUUCUAAAACCCUAUAAAAUCCAGCUUAUUAUUGUUAUUAUUCUACAGUUAUUGCGCAUUACUCAAUUACAUUAUUCCUCUGAUUAAUUCUCAGCAGUAAUCCUCCAGCUCGUUUCAGUGUUGCUCUUGUCUUUAUCUCAUGCUAUUAUAUGAAGCCACCACUGAUUCAGUUUAGGUGGUUUGGCCACAGCGAUGUCUUCAGAAAAAAUUACCUUUAAAAGGGAAGGGUCGCAAGUAAAUGCACCACAUUGGUAUUCAGAAAGGAAAUAGAUUCAUUAUAGUAAAGAUAUUGAGUUCAUUGUUGAUCUGUCUCAUUUCCACCAUACCAACACAAAUAAUCCGUUUUUGUUUUUCUGUAAAACGAACCUUUUAAUACUUUUAGAGCUUGACAGUUUCUGCCAAAAGAAAAAAAAAAACGGAAUUUUUGAUGCUCCCCAGGAUACAUGUGUGAAGUGCCACAGAUCUCUUAUGCCA